GCACAACAGAUACAUUCAUAAGCUCUUUCACACGCGCCUCUCUCCAAAAUUCCCCUCUAAAUAUAUUUGGUUCCUCAAAUCAAAUACUCAGCAAGCCGGCGCAUUCCCGCGACGUCGUUCACCACCUGCAUGGCUACGUAAUUUGUGGUCAAACAUCAACAACCACCAUUCAACAUUACACUUUUCUUCAACCGAGAUACGCUAGAUUUCUAGAUUUCUAUCUAGGCAGAUACCAGAUACACAAUCCACAACUUGCAACCCACAUCAAUCGCCGACCACUUUCACUCUCGAUAUCCUCAAUACCGACAAACUAUUUUGUCGCCGACGACAUUUUAACGCCUAAAACGGCUAUAGAUACCUAACUAGCUAUCGCUACGAAUCUUACCCUCCCUUUCUCUCUUGGAGAGCUCUUUCAACCCGACUCUAGAUCUGAUGGCACAACACGCCUUCAACCAGUUUGGCGGCGGCCAGAGUACGGGCGGCGCUGGUGCCAGCGUUGACCCUAACGACCUGGCCAUGUCCGGAACUUACGCUCCGUCAUAUUCGAACAACUUCAACGGAAAUAACAAUACCUCGAAUUUCUUCGGCGAUGACGAGUUACUCGACACCCUUGGUAGCCCGACCGAUCCUAUGUCUAACCAACCUGGCAUGCACAACCAAGGCCAGGAUUUUGGUAGCAUGAACGAGAUGAAUAUGGGUUUCUCGCAGGGCGUAUAUGGCCACCAAGGUAGCCAUGGCUUGCCGAUGGACCAGUCUCAUAUGAAUGGAUACUCCAACACUCCCGAUGGUGAUCCUAUUCAGAGUCCGUUUGUGCACAGCUUUAACCAGGCGCAAUUCCACCAAAUGCAACAACAGCACCAGCAGCAAUUUGGAAACUCCCUUCAGUCACCGGUAUCCUAUUCCGGCUCCCCUUUGACUGGCUCCGACAUGAACAACGAUGGAAAUGAUCCUAAUUACCUGAACACAAAAUCCCGCCCUCAGCUCUCCCAUACUAUGCAGCGCAAGUCUUCAAAUACUCGAAGCCCACUUACCCCCAAGACUGCAGCCGCCAUGUCCAACUUGACCGUGAGCUCUCGUGAACAACCAGGAUUCGGUGCGCAACCGAUACGAACUACGAACGGCCACCACGAGAAAUCCCCUUCGGCUCAAUGGAUGCAUACGCCAAACAGCCUAUCCUCUUUCCCCGGAUCUGGCUUCUCUUCUCCAAUGCAGCAUGGCAUGCAGAACCCACAGAUUGCAGAUGUAUUACUUAAGGGCGGCACGUCGAUGCCUGCAAAGUUAAACACACCACCCAAUGCGGUUUCCUCCCAGGAGAUGAAGAGGAAGCGACGCCGCGAGUCUCACAAUCUGGUUGAGCGACGACGUCGUGAUAAUAUAAACGAAAGAAUCCAGGAUCUUAGCAAGCUUGUUCCUACUCACCGUCUGGAAGACGAGAAGAUCCGGAAGCUGAUACAGAACGGAACGCCGUUGUCUCCUAGCUUGACCGGGAUGUCCCAUCCAGCACAGGCUACUUCAGGAUUGGCUGGACCGGGCGCAAAGCGUGCUACCGGUGUUGGUAACAUUACCACGGGCCUGCCUCUCGAAGAGAAGGAUAAAGGCCCCAAUAAGGGAGACAUCCUUAACGGCGCUGUCAGCUGGACGCGGGAUCUCAUGUGGAUGCUACAUCUUAAACUUCAACAACAAGAGGAGCUUCUCAACACCAUUGUAGAGCUUGGUGGUAGUGUUCCCCUUGAGCUUACAGAAGACGAGAAGCGAAUGCAAACUGAGCUGAUGGAGGCCAUGACCAAGAAUGGCCCGCAUACCUUCUCAUACUCUCGCUUUGCAGGCUCAGGUCUCCGAGUACCUCAACAUACCGACUAUAGAGGCGACUCUGUAAACGGAUCAGACAGUGCGAUUGUUGGGACUUCGGUUAGUCCCGACGGUCGGGAUACUGUGGAUCUUGCGGGGGAUAUGGGGGACGCUGGCCAAUUUUGGAACGACCCGGAUGAUGACGGCAGUGGUCCAGGGUCGAUCAAUUUCAAGGAAGAGGAUGAAUUCGGAAUGGACCUCUCUCAUGAUUAAAGGUCUUUAGGCUUCUAGGCCUUGUACGUUCCUACAUCUUUCUAGCAUUUUCCGGCGUUGACCAAGUUCCGAUUCCCCAUUCGAUUUUUGCGUUUUCGCCUUUGAGCAUCCAUGGAUUACACUUGACUCGGGAAUUUCAGGCAUUUUACUUCGGUCAUUUCGGGUAUCUCAGUCAAGGGUGGGACAUUACUGCAUAGGGCGGCCGUUUUGGGAGACCGGCGUUCUAUCUUAUCUCACCAGACAGUGGGAAACAG